AUGGCCGCCAGCAUGGCUCACUAUCCAGGCCAUCACCCCAGCCGCAUCGGCACCGCACGCCCUGAAACCGUCGCCCAGCCUGCCUACCCUCCGCGCAGACCAGAGCGCAAGUACGAGCUGUCGGUCGAGCAGCAGCCCAUCCGCGCUCGCAUGUGCGGCUUUGGCGACAAGGACCGCCGCCCCAUUACCCCUCCGCCCUGCAUCCGCCUCGUCGUCUACGAUGAAACGGGUCGCGAGCUCGACUUUAACGACAUCGAUAGCACCUACUUCGUCCUCAUGGUCGAUCUCUGGAACGAGUCGGGCCAGUCGGCCGUCAAUCUCGUGCGCCACAGCAGCGCCGCGCCCACCGUGUCCAUCAGCAGCAGCACCACCACCUCGUACCCCCCGCCCCCCGAGCGCAGUCACUACGUUGCCACGACCAUUCCCGCAUACGACCCCCAGCCAUACCGCCAACAGAUGCAGCCCCAGCAGAUGCCGCCCGCCUACGGCCACACCCCCGUGCCCGUCGCCCAGUACUAUCCCCAACCCCCGACGCCCAGCUACCAGCAGUACCCCGCUGCCCCCUACGCCCAGACGCCCACCCAGUCCUCCAUGAUCCCUGCCACCCCCAUGAGCUCCAAUCACACGCGCAACCUCAUUGGCAUGAACGCCGUCAAUGCCUGCCGUCUUAAUGAUAUCAACAACAAGCCCGGCUUCUGGUUUGUCCUACAAGACCUCAGCGUCCGCACAGAAGGCACCUUUCGCCUCAAGCUCUUUCUCUUCGACAUUGGCGCCGGCGACGGCACAAAUGCCACCGUCUCGAAUGACGGUCCCACCCGUGGCAAGGGCAAAUGCCUGGCCGUAAGCUUUUCCGAAGCCUUUACCGUUUACUCGGCCAAGAAGUUCCCCGGUGUCAUUGAGAGCACUCCCUUGAGCAAAUGCUUUGCACAGCAAGGCAUCAAGAUUCCCAUUCGCAAGGACGGGCCCAAGUUGCCCAACCAGGCAGAAUACGAUGCCGAUGAUUAA